AUGUCAACAAAUCCGGGCUCUUCCUUCCGCUUCUACAAUUUGCCUGAAGCUCCACAGCUUCAACAGCAUCAAGUUAAAAGUUCAUCAAUUUUCGUUAAUUCCAGGUAUACGGACAACAAUUAUCAUCACGUUCGUGAUCAUCAACUGAUAAGAAAUAAUGAUCGAAAUUCACCAAAUCCUCAUUAUAUCAAACAAAAACAAACACGUUCACCUCGAUUAACACGCAGUCGAAUCGAAAAAGUAGACACGUAUGAUUCACCUGAUACACAAGUACAUUCUUAUGCAACACAUACAUAUACAACAGGACGAUCAACUAAGAAAAGAAAACAAAGUGGUAAUGAAGCACCAAUAGAAAGUUGUGAUGAUUCACCAGCUUUUCAACAACCACGUCCACAUGAUUAUUAUGUUUAA